CUUUUUGCGGCACUGACUUCCGUCCCUCGACUUGGGCGUUGCGAACAAUCCUUUUAAUCAUCAAUCACAACGCAGCCGAUCGAGGAGGAUAGAGAGAAGAAGAUAUUAAUUUUUUUUAUUUUAGUGUUUUAUUCGAUUUAAUGAAAAUAUUAGCCUUUUAGAGAAUUUUUUAAAAUAAUAAUAUGACGGAAUAUAAAAUGGUAGUCGUCGGUGCUGGAGGUGUUGGAAAGAGUGCUCUAACAAUUCAACUCAUUCAAAAUCAUUUCGUUGAGGAAUAUGAUCCGACGAUCGAGGAUUCUUACAGGAAACAAGUUGUGCUUGAUGGAGAAACGUGUUUGUUAGACAUCUUAGAUACCGCUGGCCAAGAGGAAUACAGUGCAAUGAGGGACCAGUAUAUGAGAAGCGGUGAAGGUUUUCUCUGCGUUUUUGCUGUAAAUAGCUCAAAGUCCUUCGAAGAUAUUAAUCAAUAUAGGGAGCAAAUUAAACGAGUUAAAGAUGCCGAUGAAGUUCCUAUGGUGUUGGUCGGUAAUAAGGUUGAUUUACCUUUGCGCACCGUCGAAAAUUCUCAAGGAAGAAGCUUAGCAGAAGGUUUUGGCAUUCCAUACAUCGAAACUUCGGCAAAGACAAGGCAAGGAGUUGACGAUGCCUUUUACACGCUAGUCAGGGAAAUUCGAAAAUUCAAAGAUAGAAAAGGCAAAGAUAAAAAUAAAAAGAAACCUCGCAAAAAUAAAUGUACCCUACUGUAA